AACAACCGGCAACAACCCCUUAUUUUUUCGAUGAAGGCACCUCAACCAUUGGAUUUUUGUUCCAAGGGAUACUGAUUUGAAUGAAGCAGCCACAGUGAACAGUCUUGGAAGAGAUCAGAUUGUCCGGUGUAUGGUAUACAUGAAAUAAAGAUGCAGUCGAAGGCAAUACGAGAAUGGCUGGGAGGCUUUAAGGUGUUGCCGACAGAAGAAUUGCACAGCUAUGCCAGCACCCUCCACAGCUGUGAUGAGCUCAUUGAGCACCUCUACAAACUGUUUGAAGGCAAACCAUCCAUUGAGACACUGGACCCAGUUUGCCAUCAAUUGUUUGAGUUUUAUCGCUCAGAUGAAGAACAGUUACAGAGGUUCAGUCUGGAGUUUGUCCCCACGCUUAUCUGGCUCUAUUUUGAUACCUUAGCUCGCAAUGAUAAAAAGACAUCCAGUGGUGUGGAGGCAUUUUUACUGGGCGUGUACAAUUUGGAAAUUGUUCAUCAAGAUGGCAAACCAAAAGUGGCCUCAUUUCGAAUUCCAUCGAUAGCACAGCCAUCAGUUUACCAUGAGCCUGUGACCUUGAGCUGUAUGGCUCUGACAGAGGGCAUACUGUCCAGGUAUUCCAAGAAUGAAGAAGAAGUCUGGACUAGUGGACCCCACCCCCAGUAUGAGUCCAUCAACUCUCAGAACAGGCAGGCAGUCAUUACAUACCUAGUCCAGUGUUACAAUAAGGACAUUGCCAACCUCUCCCCCAGGUCGCGGCAAGCGAUGUGUAAGGCAUGGUCAAGGCAGGAGACACAAGGUCUGGGUUCAAACCUGGCCUUGGACAGGGAAUUUGUAGAUUUUCCUGCCCUCCAGGCUAAUGGGGCUUUGAUGAUGGAUAGCCGUUGUCUGGUUUCCACAGCCUUUGUUACCCCCCCGGACGCCUUACCAACAUCUGGUGAAAACGGCUCCUUGGGGUCAGGGUCGCAUUACUCGUUAAACGGACUAGUCACAUCUCCACGCCUGGUCGUCAGUCCCAGUCUGCUCAUAGAGAUGUUGGCCAGCUUGUACUUUGUCAUGUUUAAUGGAUUACCCAAGCUUGGUAUUCAGACUGUCAAUGAUGUACACAACAGAGCGUGCUAUGAGCUUUUCCCGGAUGUCCAAAUGGUGAGCAAUGCCAUAAGGAACUCCCUACAGUAUAACCCCUCAGGUCAGCCUGGAGAUGGGCCUAUGGGCAUUGCAGUGGCUCUAUCCCCAACCGCUUCCACCACCACCCUGUCUAAGUCAGCCAUCACCAACGCCUCUUUCAGGGCCAAAAAGCUACCAGAGGACAUCACUGUUCCGGAUGAAGCGGACAUAACACUGAAUAAACACCUACCCAGUAUUGAGGAAAGCUCAGAGUCGUCGGGGGUUGGUCGCAGCCCAGGACCCUCACGAGGCUCCGGUAAACAGUCCAAAUCAGGAAAAAAGGGAGAGAAAUCAAGAACACCCAGAGCAAAAGACAAGGAAGACCCAAGAAGCAUCUCCAGCGGGGGCAACAUCCCCACGUCCAAUUCCAUCAACAGUGACUGCUCAGAGACGGGCAGUAACACAGGGGUCAGAGUGGCUGUUAUUCGACAGCAGGGUCAUACAAUCGUGGAUGCCAUCGAGUUACAGUCUCUGCCACCAGGAGGCAUCAUCAAGCGACCCGAUAACCAAAACCAGUCUGCUUCCAGUGUCAUCGCCAGGAAGAUGGAAUCCUCAGGCUCUAUGGACAGCAUGUCGAAAAAAAGUGUGUCAUCGCUGACCAACAAACAUCGAAAUGAUAGUUUGACUGCUCCGUUAGCAAGUUUAAGUGACACAGAGGAUUCUGCCUUAGGAAAACCACGACAUAGUUCCAGCUCCAACCAUAUAGCAAUUAGUCGAACAAAGGAUCCUGGAGCAUCUUCAACAGCAGCCAACAGGCUCUCUGGAUCCUCUGUAAAGUCUUUUGGGACUGAGGUGUAGGUGAGCCAAGAGGCUGACUGCCUCCUCUAUUGAACUCCUUGGUUCUUGAGUCUCUGUAGAUUUACCAAAACAGACUAUCUGGAUGCUAUGGUUAAUCGUCCAGAACUGAGGAUUAGCUAAGAAGCUCCUUUGUUACAUCAUGUGUAAGUUUCAAGGCCUAGUCAGCCAACAGGUUAUGUGCCUGUUCAGUGAAGUCAUAGGACAGCGGGGUGUAGGUCAUCUAAGAGGCUGUCUGGCUCUUGUGUUAAACCCUGUAAAACUGAGGUGUAGAUAAAAUAACAGAGGUGGCCUAAUUCCAUUUGAAAUUAAAUGGAUGAAAUUAAAACCAUUUGAGACUGAUCAGUAGAAACUAAUAUUAAAGGUUAUUACUUGAAUUGUUACAGUUAAAAAACAUGUACACUCUGGGCACAUUAUAGUACAGGACAUUUUUAAUUAUGUAAACUUGUAGGUAUAGUGAAGGCUGCACUCCUGAUUGGUCGAGGCACGCCAUCAUGUUGGAUUGAGACACUUCUUUGCAGUGCACAGAUGAAAAAGCAUAUAUUGACUCCUCUCAUAUAGGUGUAAAAUUCUGAUUUCAUCCCUGGGAAUUCCGUGGUCUGAGGAGGUGUAUUCGGGCUUUGGUUUUCUUGUGUAAAUAUUUACAAUUAGGUUAAAAUUAGCAGAUUUUACAGAUGUUAGAAAACCGUAAGUAUUGGCUUCAGGUAUGCUGAAGAACAACACGACAAAAAUUCUCAAAAGCAGCGAGGUAUAUAAUUACAGGCAUAAUGACAGGUAUAAUUAUUCUAAUCAUAGUGUACACACGCACACAUAUAAAUACAUAU